AACUUGGAAUUUAAGUGAAAACCAUAAGAUGGGUUUUAGAGCACUGCCUCUUCAACAAAACAGUGGUUUCAUCUCCACGACCAAAGUCCCGAUCUCAAGAACCUCGCCGAGAUUUAGCCGGAACCCUAGAUGGGUCGUUGUUUCAGCAAAGCAAGAGAAAGAUGAUGAGAAGAAGAAGGAAGAUGAGACUUCGUUGUUUACGAAAUUAACUGAUGCGUUGGACUUCUCACAAGUUCGGUCGGAGAAAGACGCUGAGCUUCUCUACGAGGCUCGAGAAGCCACCAAAUCUGGUGGCAAGAUGACCCAAGAACAGUAUGGGGCAUUGAGGAGAAAAAUCGGAGGGACAUACAAGGACUUUUUUAAAUCCUACGUUGAAGUGGAUGGGCAAUAUGUGGAGGAAGGAUGGGUGGACAAAACAUGUAAGAUAUGCAAAAAGGACACAAAGGGUGAGGCAAGACAAGUGGACAAGUUAGGGAGAUAUGCUCAUGUCUCUUGUCUUCAAAAUCCUCCCUCUGGAAAUUUCUUCACCAGGCUCUUCUCUAGAUGAUGAUCAAUUUCCCAAAUCAUAUGAAUGUGUUUGCUUGUAACUAAAUUAUUCUUGCAGUUUUGUGCGUAAUUUUAUAGAAAUCGAAAUUUCAUUUACAUUCAAAAAGAAACAUCACGUCUAUUGGGAUCUUGUUAAACAAAUAGAUAAAAGAUGAUGUAUACAUUUUUGGUUUAAAUGUUUUGAAGCUUUUAUAAUGACCCCAUUUUCUAAAGAUAUUAAAGCCUAAAUACAAUAAUGAAGUACAAUUUUUGUG